AUGCGCAAAGAAACAUACCUUCCCAGAGAGUUGGGGCUCCUGGCAGCCUCAAUGCUGUUUUUACUCACCAUCGAUAUAUUCUACAACACAAAAGAGUGGCAGAUUCAUUUCAGAGGAGCAUUGUCGAUGCUACAGACAAUGAAGAAGCUGGGAAACGGGGAUCAAAACCUUGACCCAUCUGUUUAUUUUGCACAACUAACCAAGCUGACGUAUCUGUUCAGUACGCUUUAUGUGUAUGAUGAUGACGUUUGCAACAAGUAUAUCUCUGUAGUAGAUUUGGAUUGCAUACAGUUUUCUACUGAUCAGGAAAUGCAGUCGCUGAUAUACCGCAAUCUAGGUGUCACUGAGAGCAUGAUUACCUGCUUGGCAGAGGUCGUGAAAUACCUUCAGCUUGGUGAGACUGUGAAAACGAUUGAUGCUAUUCAGAUGGAUAUCGAUGCUUGUGAACCUGGAAAGAUGCGAGAAUACUUUGACUCACAAAACGGAUUGAUUGUUCACAACCAGUCAAUGAUAUUUCAUACUGCAAUGAGAUUGCUGUUUGAGAGGGAAGCUAAAAAACAGAGUCCAUUUGAGUUGCAGGACAUCGUGAAUACUGGCGUAUACCACCUCAAGAUUGACCAUGAAAUUACAAAUGAAUUUGAUGGAGUUGGAUUACUGUGGCCAGUCUUCGUUAUUGCUUGUGAAGCGACCUCCGGAGAAGCGCAGCGGGUGCUCCAGAUAUAUCUAGAAUCGUUCCAGUUGUACACAGGAACAAGUUUGGAAAGAGCAAUACACAUUAUUUUUGCAGUAUGGGAAAGAAGGAAACACGAUAACAACGUGAGCUGGAUAAGUGUUGUUAGGGAGCUGGAUCCAACUAUUCUCCUCUCUUGA